AUGGGAAAUCCAACAAAAACAAACAUGGCGGCUGCACGGAGGUAAACUUCCUUUUUCAACUUUCAUCGUAUUUUCAGAUGAAAAAUACUAAAUUGAUGUGUUAUGUCGUCUAAGGAGAGACUUCAGAGACCUCCUGACGGUCUUGUUGUACGAUGAUGACAGCAGUUCAGACUCAAGUGAUGAAGAAGACCUCGAUUUGUUGUUUCUUGACGCGGCGUUUGGAGAGACUCGAACCCUUGACAAGAGACCAAAUAUUGCCGAUCUGAGUGAGAUCCAGUGUGAGGAAAUGUUUAGGUAUAAUAUAUAGUCACGCUUGUAGCUUGUUCUUUGUUACGAGAAAUAAUUCAACGUUAAUGGACAAUAGCUAGUCAUUUAGACAUGCUGUAAACUUUACUUUGUGGUAUUGUAAAUAUGGGAAAUAAAUUUACGAAGUGUAUGUUUAGAUGUCCGGAGACCUGAUGGGAUGUUCAAAAUAGUCUGACACCGGCUCUGUCAAAACACUCUUUUAAAACAGUUACGAUUAAGCACUGAUCUAUGUAAGCAGUCCCCCGUAGUUUGUAGUAUCUAGGGUUUAACUACUGAAGCUUUUGAUUAAUCUUGUUGACUAAAAAUGUGGACAGGUUUCUGACUGCCAGUCACCGAGUAUCUUGAAAAUUCUGUCCUAGUGUGGAAAAUCUAGGUACAGCAAUAAUUUUCUUUUGUAUGUCUUGAACUUGCCACCUGCUUAUUUGUUGCCUUUUUCUUAUUUGUAAUUAUAUUUAAUUUUCAGAUUUGGAAAAGAUGACAUUUUACACCUUUGCGAGGCUCUAGAACUACCCGAGUUCUACACUGGUCAUCAGGGCUCUGUCUUUACUGGGAUUGAGGCCUUGAUGGUUAUGCUACGAAGACUCGCAUAUCCUAAUAGAUUGUGUGAUCUGGUUGACAUCUUUGGCAGGGCUGAGCCUGAACUUAGCAUUGUUUUUAACAUGGUAACUCUUAGGCAUGUAAAUUGUCAUGUAUUUAUGUCCCACAAGCUUAUAUCUUUUACCCUUAUUGUGUAUAAAGGUUGUAUACAUGCAUGUAUGUAUUUUUUACAAGAAUACCGCAUAAAUUAUUAACUUUGACAGUGUUCCUUAUUCAAAAUAUAACUCUGUUGUAGAUUGUAGAUGACAUCUACACCCGCUUUAAUCAUCUACUGAGUUCCUUGGACCUAACGUGGCUAGAUCCAGCACAUUUUGCUCAAGUCAUACAUCAGAAAGGAGCUCCACUGGACCAGUGCUGGGGUUUAUAGAUGGGACUGCCCAACAGAUUGCUCGACCUUUGCGUAAUCAGCAGAUCAUGUUCAGUGGGCAUAAAAGAAUCCACUGCAUAAAAUUCCAGGUGUGGCAUUGCAUUGUUCACUGAGAAUAAAGAUGACUUUUUAGCCAGUUGGACACACUGUAUGGUUAGCUCCCAAAUGUGUUGGAAAACAACAUGUCAAUUUCGAUUUCCAAUCUGUUUCUGUAUUCCUAAUAGGGACAAUAAAUUGUUGUCAUUUUCACUUACUAGUUCAACAGAGCUGAGGAUAGCAGCACUUAAUUCUUAAAUUGAUAGCCUUAUUUUGUUGAUCCCCUUAGGGUGAUACAAAAUGCAUGUUUCUUUUGGUACAUGUUGUGGUUCAAUUUUAUCGUUGGUUCAAUUUUUAUUUUCUUUUGUUUCAAACUCAUUAUCAUAUCAUUAUCAUACAUUACAACGCCAAAAAACAAAGGAAAAUAAAAAUUGAACCAAAUAAAAAUGUUACAGCGGUUUUCAGAAACAUGCGAACUCUGCUCAAGUCAACGGUUUCUAGAAGUACGUUUUUCGCUGCUGUCAAUCAUAAUUAUGGCGACAGUUAAUGGACCUCGAAAAACAGAAGCAAACAGAAUGGAUCGAAAUCCACCAAUCACAAGUUGGAAAUGUGACCUUUUGACCCUGAACAAGUGAACUGCUGUUUCCUGAGAGGUCUGCUAAGAUGAUUGACAGCAGCUAAAAACAAACUUCGCGGUAACUGUUUACUUGUGCAGAGUUCGUGUGUUUCUGAAAAGCGCAAUAAAUUAGUUAUCUGGUAAUGUGUUUUGCUUUUGUGAAAUUUCAAAGUAUAUGGCUGGAGAGCACUCUAGUUUAGACUGUUCACAGUCCCCAUAUUUUUCCGAUGGAUUCUCGAGAAUCCCAAGGAAAAAUAGGGGGACUGUGAACAGUCUAACUCUAGUUAUAAAAACCUUAUUUCCAUUCUCUGUUUUUAUUUUUUAUUCUAGUCAGUAAUGGCUCCUAAUGGGUUGAUUGCCCACCUGUAUGGACCACUAGAGGGAAAGCGACACGAUGCCUUUAUCUUAGGUGUUAGUGGCCUACUACCACAGCUUGAAAGAAUAACUAAACCUGAUGGUGAACCAUAUGUGGUCUAUGGAGACCCAGCAAAUGGAAUAUCACGCCAUAUCAUAGCUCCAUUUCGAGGUGCACAUCUGACUCCACUCCAGCAACAAUUCAACAGCGACAUGAGUAAAGUUCGUGCAAGUGUAGAAUGGGGAUUUGGUAAAAUUUCCCAAUAUUUUGCAUACUUGGAUUUUCACAAAAAUCUUAAAGUCCUUCUACAGCCUGUGGGAAAGUAUUAUGCAGUUGGAGCACUUUUGGCGAACUGCCACACAUGCCUCUAUGGUUCUGUGACAAGUUCUUUUUUUGAGUUGGAGCCUCCAUCCCUUGAAGUAUACCUAUCCAACAACUAG